GUUUACGCUGUGCGAUUGUCCUAUUUCCGACGCAAAUUUUGCUGGACAUCUUUUUCUGGACAUAAACAUGUGUCCAGUAGUUCUUCUAGCUCUGCUAUUUAGCUUCUUAUUGCUACUAUUGGAGUUAACUGCUGCUAUCAAUGUCACCUUUUAUCCUGCUGCUGUCAAAAAACUCAUGGAAGAUGAAGAGCAACGCAUUUAUUUUUCAAUCAACUCGGAGAAAUCAGACUCUCACCCUGAUGAGAGAUUUUAUAAAGCUAUUUCAUAUAAUCCAGAUAUAGCUUCUGUGACUAAUGAAACUUAUUUUAAUACGAAAAGUAGCAAUGGAACUUUUACUGUACGAGGGAAUUUUCUUGGUAAAACUGAGAUAUUUUUGCAAAAAGUUGUUAAUGGUACUGCGAAAGAUAACCCGAAAGACAGCUCGAAUUCCUUAAAAGUCAGUGUAGUGCGUCGUGUUAAAGCUAUAUCACAUGCAUUUACAGCAUCUGUAGCUAUUCUUGUAUCUUUAAAUUACAUAAACAUGGGCUGCGCUUUGGAUUUGUGUGUUGUACAAUCUGUUCUUCGUAAACCUAUUGCACCCGCAAUUGGAUUUAUUUCUCAAUAUGCUGCAAUGCCUCUGGUUGCCUAUGGUCUUGCAAGGUUGCUCUUUGAUGAUGUAAUUUUACAGCUGGGGUUGUUCACAUUUGGCUGCAGUCCAGGUGGAGGUGCUAGUAAUAUGUGGACUGUUCUUCUGAAUGGCAAUCUAAAUUUAAGUUUGACUAUGACAUUUAUUAGUAAUCUGGCUGCUCUUGGUAUGAUGCCUCUUUGGUUAUUCACAUUGGGACGUAGUUUAUUUUCUGAAAUCGCUACCGAAGUGCCUGUGAAAAAUAUUUUGCUAUCUCUAGUUUCAAUGCUUAUCCCACUUGGAAUUGGAUUAUGCUUUCAAAAGUGGCUACCAAGAGUUGCGAGAUUCUGUCGUCAUAUACUUGCUCCUGUUUCCGUCUUCAUGAUACUGUUCAUCAUAGCCUUUGGCACCUAUGCCAACCUCUACAUGUUCAAACUCUUCACUUGGAGGAUAGUAGUUGCUGCGAGUGCCAACGUUUGGCUCGGUUUUCUCUUCGGAACCAUCAUCUCCAAAGCAUUUGACCUCUCACUUCCUGACAUCAUCACGGUUGCGGUUGAAACCGGAGUCCAGAAUACCGGAAUAGCCAUCGUGUUGCUCGGAUUUUCACUGGGGCAACCGGAGGCGGACCUUGCCGCGGUUGUUCCUGUUGCGGCUUCUAUCAUGACCCCAUUCCCUCUCCUUUGUGUUUAUUUAUUUCUAAGGGUCAGGAAUUUAUAUUUUCCUACCAUACAAGAAUCGCGUUUAUACGUUAUGGAUGAUGAGGAGGAGAAGAAAACUCUUCCAUCAUUAGAUAGUUCGAGUUCUGUGAUGUCUUCUAAAGUUUUGUGAUUGCAGAUAAAUUGAAGGCUAUUUCUGACUUAUAGGUUUAGAAAUUAUUUUUUUUAGCGAGCUAUAUUUGAGAGACGAAUUUCUCGUGGAAAGGUAAAAAAAGCAUUGUAUAUGCGUAGUGAGAUAAAUAACAGAAGUUGAAAGCUAUU